AUGGCACGCAGCCAAUCCAUUCCGAAUACACUCCCGCCCCCUUAUACAGCGACUAGCACGCGGAGUGCUUCUCUUCGAACCACAUCCUCCACCUUCUCCACCACCUCCGAACUCCUCAUCGGUCCCUUGCGCACACGCUUCCUACUCCACACCUCCCUCCUCAUCACCCAAUCCCCCUACUUUCGCGCCUGCCUCACCGGCCCCUUUCUGGAAUCCACCGCAAAUAAUAACAGCGUCACCCUCCCCGACAUCAGCGUCGACGUCUUCGAACUCUGCGUCGCGUGGUUGUACACCGGCUACAUUACCCCGGUACCUUUUAAGGAUGGAAAGCCCGCCUAUUAUGUGCUGCUGAAUUUGUGGAUCGUAGCGGAUAGGCUGUGUUUUGAGGGGUUGCGAAAUGCAGUGCUAGAUCUUAUGGCCGAUCUUUCAGAUCGCACGAAUAGUGUGCUCACGCCCAGUGACACGAGGAUUUUGUAUUCAGAGGCCGUUCCUGAGGGCGCGAGGAUUAGAAAAUUAGUGUUGGAUCUUUUUGCGUUUAAAAAUACAGACAAGCUCUUGUCAACGCAUGCCGAUCCCUGGCAUGCGGGUUUUCUACGGGACCUGUGUGUCAGGUUGAAGAGGCCAACUAGGCAGGCUAUGCUGAGACAUCGAUUCAGGCUGUGGUGUCCGGAGAGUUGGCAUGCGACGAGGGCGUGUGAGGGGUGUAGGAGCGUUUUGCCGCCGAAAUCUGACGCCGUUUGUUGUGAGGAGUGUGCGUGUGCAUGGUGUACGAGGUGUGUGAAAGAGGGUGUGGCGGUUGCGGCGUGCGAGGAUAGGAGGGGGACCGGGAGCGCGAAGGAUGAGGGGAUUAAGAAAGGGGUGGAGAGGAAGGGGGGAAUGGGGAGUUGUGGUGGAGCUGGGAACGCAAGGAAAUGGGAGGCGUGUAAGCCGUGGAGGGGGAGUAGGUGUCGGGUUUAUCAUGAGCAUAGGGAGACGGAGAAUUGUGGAGAGAUGUUUAUGGGGCUUUGAUUGCAUGGUUGUGGGUAUGGUGUUGGAGAGGCUGGAGGCAACGUAAGGGAGGUCGAGGAAAUGGUGGGUCAGAGAGAGGAUAUCGAGA